UGACCUGUUGGCUCACCUCGUCUUCUUCUCCUUCCUACUUCCGGCUAUGGAGGUCUGACAGCAAGACAUUUAAACGCUACUCCGCCUCUCGACCUUCACCCGAGGAAGCUUACUAAAGGAACAAUCGAUUUAAGAUGCCCGUGAGUGUGGCACCAUACGGCCAUGGUCAGGCCCAGCCCAGCUGUUUCGACAGGGUCAAGAUGGGCUUCAUGAUGGGCUUCGCGGUGGGCAUGGCCGCCGGAGCCAUGUUCGGAACUUUCUCCUGUCUCAGAAUCGGCAUGCGAGGCCGGGAACUGAUGGGAGGAGUGGGCAAGACCAUGAUGCAAAGCGGGGGGACGUUUGGGACCUUCAUGGCCAUCGGGAUGGGCAUCCGCUGCUGAUGAUGAGCACAACAACAGAGCUCCUAUGUGCAAUCCAACGACACCUAUGGGACUUUUGCAGUGGUGGCGUCCGUUGGGCCAUGUCACGGCUUUCAUUAAAUACAAACUAAACACCGA